CGAAACGUUUGUGUCACGCCUGUUCGAAGCCGAAAUAACGUUCGCGGCAUUAUUUCAAAUAUCGUUCGUAAACUUUCGUUCGAACUUUUGCGUGUUGACUUUUUCGGUGGUUUUAAAAAUGUGAAUCGCUUGCUGUUAUAUUGAAUGUGUUGUGAUGUUAUGUAGUGAAAAUGUGGCGGUACUUACUGUUAUUGUUGGUGGUCAUCCACGCGGAUGGCAAGGGGAAAAAGCACCGGCAUCAUAAACCUGGUCGUGCGUUGCUAGAUCGUCUCAGUAGCACUACUCUCAGCGAAGUGGCGGUAGCAAGCGAUAAAGACGGUCUACUGCCGGCGCCACUAGAUGUCGCGCAGUACUCUACCGUGAGCAGCAAUGCUACUUGUGGAGACCUCGGGUCUGAGGAGUUCUGCAGGGAAACUCCCGGCAAACACGGCGUGGUGUGCGAUGUAUGCGAGGGCCUCGAUGGGCCGGCUUACCGGAGACACCCAGCGAUGCUCGCCGUGGACGCAGACCCUGGUACCUGGUGGCAGAGCCCUACGCUGGCUGCAGGCGAAGAGUUUCGACACGUGGAGCUGAUAGCAACUCUACCUGAUAAAAUGGAGCUCCUACACGUUAUUAUCAAAUCGGGGCCGUCACCUCGGCCGCUGGCGUGGUCUCUUGAGGUAUCUUCGACACAGCACGGGGAAGACUGGAGGAUGAUCAGGGCAUUCGGAGACAGGGACCACUGCAAGAAACUCUGGGAUCUUAGACCUGAUAGGAGAAGAAGAAAAGCGAGAGGGACGAAAAGAGCGAAGGAGAAGUUGACUUGUUCGACGCAGUUUGCUAAUCCUAAGCCGUUGGAAAAUGGUGAGAUGCACGUGGGUAUUGGCGAAGGUGUGUCGGCCCGGCGGGUGCGCUUGUCAUUCCGUGCCCCGCACCCCGCGCCUCACUCAUACUACACCGUGCGGGAACUCACCCUGGCUGCACGCUGUCUAUGCCACGGACAUGCCUCUCACUGCAACGUGGACCACAAGGGAGCAAAAUGUGACUGUUUGCAUGGAACCUGCGGAAGUCAUUGCCAGCGAUGCUGUUCUGGUUCCAAGUGGAAAUCUCGUGAGCCCUGUGACGUCACUCCGAAUGACUGCUCUUGCGGGGAACGUGGAGAGUGUACCUUUGAUGAUGUGGGAGAUAUUCUGUGCGUCAAUUGUACGGACAACCGCGCUGGUCCACUGUGUGACCGAUGUCUCGUGGGCUACUACAACGCGAUCCCAGACGGACCCUGCGUUCCCUGCGACUGCGACCCAGAAGGCUCAGAUGGUUCGUGUAAAUGGGACAGGAGGAACCAGCUUGUGGAGUGCACAUGCCAUCCCGGGUUCUCGGGCCCCAAGUGCGAGUGGUGCGAGGAUGUCAAUGCGGUGUUCCCCAACUGUGUGCUGGAGGCGACCACGCCCGCCUGCAAGUGUGACCCUCGGGGUAUCGUGGACCCCAGCAGAGUUUGUGAAGAUGUCUGCGAGUGUAAGACGCAUGUGGUAGGUGAGAGAUGUGACGAAUGCGCUCUGGGGUACUUCGGACUGAGCGCAGAGCUGCCCGGCGGAUGUCGACAAUGCUACUGCUCCCACCUGGCUGACUCUUGCCGAGUCGAUCAUCGACCUCGCAUUCAUCCUGAUGUGGUGCUUCCGCUGGGCGAAGCGUGGAUAAUCAGCGAUGCAGCGGCUAAUGAAACUCUGGAACCUUCCAUCGAUGAAGAAGGGAAGCCAUUUCUUAUCACGUACGAGAAGGUUGGGAGUCGUUCUAUUGGCUGAGCAGGUCUUGGAGUGGUGGACAGUUAGAGAGCUAUGGGGGCGAGAUUCGAG